AUGGCGUUCCCUUUUGUUUACUGCCAAUUAGCUGGUUUCUACUUUAGCAUCGUGUUGUUGCAUGCAACAAUUGCCGCAGCUGCCCCUGCCAAUUUUGUGAUUAGAACCAAUCCUGGAAACGAGACAGAUCGUAUUGCACUGCUAGCUUUCAAGCAAAAAAUUUCACAGGAUCCUGACGGAGUGAUGAGCUCGUGGAAUCUGUCUAAAGAUUUCUGCGAGUGGGAAGGAAUCACAUGCAGUCGCAGGCAUAGGAGAGUGACCAUGCUAAACCUGAGGUCAAGAAGAUUGGUUGGUUCCCUCUCACCUUACAUUGGCAACCUCAGCUUCCUUAGGGAGAUCAGGCUCGAAAACAACACCCUCCAUGGUGAAAUUCCUGAGGAAGUUGGUCGUCUGUUCAGGUUGCGCUUUCUAUAUCUGGGCAACAACUCCUUGGUUGGCCAAAUUCCUGUCAACUUGUCCCAUUGUUCCAAGCUCUCAUUUUUACAUUUGGGAUGGAACAAGCUCGUAGGGAAAUUUCCAUUGGAGUUUGCCUCCUUGUCAAAUCUCAAAGAACUAGCUAUACACUUUAACCAUUUGACUGGAGGCAUACCACCUUUUCUUGCAAACAUUUCCUCUCUAGAAGCUCUAUCAGCUUCUUAUAAUGCUUUUGGAGGGAACAUCCCAGAUUCAUUGGGUCAACUAAGGUACUUAACAUCUCUAGGACUCGGUGGAAAUAACAUCUCUGGCACAAUACCUCCUUCCCUGUACAAUCUUUCUUCUCUUGCUAUUUUUUCUCUGUCUGAGAAUCGACUUCGUGGAAGGCUUCCAUCAAACUUGGGCCUCACUCUUCCUAAUCUUAGAAGGUUUCAAAUAUCUGUCAAUUUCUUUAGCGGAUCAAUUCCUGUCUCGUUAUCCAAUGCUUCAAAACUUGAAUUUAUUGAAAUGGUUGGGAACAACUUAUCUGGGAAAUUAUCAGUUGAUUUUGGUGGCAUGCAACAGCUUUCUUAUCUGAAUUUAGGUAGAAAUGAUCUAGGAAGUGGAGAACCUGAUGAAAUGAGAUUUAUCGAUUCUUUGGCCAAUUGCAGCAAUUUGCAAGAUUUGGAUUUAUCUGUAAACCGAUUUCAAGGCGUAUUGCCUCACUCGUUUGGUAAUCUCUCCACUCAACUUCUACGUUUGCUCCUUGAUUCAAAUCAGUUAUAUGGAACCAUCCCUUCAGGGGUAGGUAAUUUGGUUAACUUAUAUUUGUUCGCAAUAGGAUGGAACCAGUUUACAGGCAAAAUCCCUGCAGAAAUUGGGAAACUUCAUAACUUACAAUGGAUGGAUCUUCACAGAAACAAACUUUCAGAGGAAAUUCCUCCCACCUUAGGAAACCUGUCAUCACUGCUAGAGCUGCAUCUGCUAAAUAACAAUCUACAAGGAACCAUCCCUACUAGUCUAGGAAAGUUAAGAAACUUGGCAGCAUUAGAUCUUUCCCGAAAUGACUUAUGGGGGACCAUACCUGAAACACUUUUUCAUAAAACACCUCGCAUGAUCUCACUAAAUCUAUCUCAAAACCAUUUGGUUGGAAAAAUACCGCCAAGCAUUGCCGAUAUGAAGAAUCUAAUGAGACUGGAUGUAUCUAGGAACAACUUGUCUGGUGAAAUUCCUCUUGAACUCAGCAAUUGUGGUAACCUUGAAAUUCUACACAUGGAGGGAAACUUCUUUCAAGGAUCCAUUCCUCCCGCACUGAGUUCCUUAGAAGCUAUCCGACAGGUGGAUCUUGCUCGUAACAACUUAUCGGGGAAAAUUCCUAAAUUCCUGGAAUCACUUGCCUUGAGAUAUCUAAACUUAUCCUUCAAUGAUUUUGAGGGUGAGGUACCAGUGAAGGGAGUUUUCACCAAUGCAAGUGCAAUGUCAGUAGUUGGUAAUACAAGACUCUGUGGGGGCAUACAUGAAUUGCAGCUGCCCAAAUGCAACAUCAACAAUAGUUCCAAGAAACAAAAGGAUUCCCUCGCAUUUAAGGUAAUAAUCUCAAUAUCAUGUGCCUUCAUGGGAAUAGCCAUGGUGGCCUUUCUGAUGUUUUGUUGGUUCAAAAGGAGAAGAGAGAAACAAUCUCCUAGUCCCAUGCUGCGUAAAACACUUCUUAAGUUGUCAUAUGAAAAGCUUCUUAAAGCUACUGAUGGAUUUUCUUCGACAAACUUGAUUGGUCUUGGCAGCUUUGGCUCUGUGUAUAAGGGAGUUCUUGAUCAGGAUGGAUUGACUAUAGCAGUCAAAGUACUUAACCUUCAGCGUCAAGGAGCCUCCAAGAGUUUCAUGGCUGAGUGCAAAGCCUUGACAAAGAUCCGACAUAGAAAUCUUGUCAAGAUCAUAACUUCUUGCUCAAGCGUUGAUUUCCAAGGUAAUGAUUUCAAAGCUCUAAUUUAUGAGUUCAUGCCUAAUGGGAGCCUGGAAAACUGGUUGCAUCCUGCUUCAGAAGGACAACAAGCUGAAAUUCCUUAUCUUAGUCUUCGUCAGAGAAUAGAAAUUGGGAUCGAUGUGGCAAGUGCGUUAGAUUAUCUCCAUCACCAUUGCCAACAGCCAAUCCUCCAUUGUGAUCUAAAGCCGAGCAAUAUUCUUCUGGACAGCAACAUGACUGCUCAUGUUGGUGAUUUCGGCCUUGCGAAGUUUCUUCAGGAGCACUCAAAUCCAACUCAAAGCAGCUCACUUGGAAUUCGAGGAACAAUUGGAUAUGCUGCCCCCGAGUACGGUCUAGGAAGUGAGGUUUCAGCAGAUGGAGAUGUCUACAGCUAUGGAAUUCUACUACUUGAGAUGAUGACAGGGAAAAAGCCAACAGAUGAAAUGUUUGAUGGAGGCCUAAACCUUCAUAAAUUUGCUAGGAUGGCCUUGGCAAACCAGGUGAUGGACAUUGUGGACCCAACACUGCUAAAUAAUGGUGGAGAAUUGGCAGCAGAAAACAACAGACUGAGACAUUCAAAUUCUGAUAGAAUAAAGGAAUGUCUAAUUUCUGUCAUCAGGAUUGGAGUGGCAUGUUCGAUGGAAUCACCACAAGAACGUAUGGAGAUUAGUAAUGCUGUUUCUGAGUUGCAAAUGGUUAAAAAAGCACUUGUUGGACCUCCGACUAGACCCUACAUACAAACAGGGGGAUGAUCUCCAAAGCCAGAGGCAGUAAACAACAAUA